CCAACAGAUAAUUGUCGCUUUCCCAAGCGUGUGACACAAGACUGAUAGUGAAGUGGGCGCUGAGCCUCGCAGUUGGCCGCUGCCUUGCUCAGGGCAGCACGUAUCGCCUUCUCGCCUUGUAGCCUACAGCUGCGGCUGAGGUGGUGGCUCACAUUUGAAGUGAUGAGAGGCAGCAAGGGGCACACCAAAUUCUGCUUCGUCUGCCUCCUGACGACCCUGCUCUUCCACGGCCACUGCUGCAAUGAGGACCACGGCCACUCUCAUGAUCACCAUGGCGUGAGCCCCGACUCGGCCCAGCAAUACGAGGACGACAACGGGCACGGGCACGCCCUACACACGCGUGAUGACCCACGGGAUGCCAACCCCCCUGACGCGCAGCCAGCCAGCGACGGGGGGGACGACAAUCGCGGCGACCCCCACCACGACUACCAGAUCAGCGAGGAACCCUACCCGAGCAGGAACACGAGGCAGAAGCCGUCUGUGAACCAAGUAGCAGCGGAGAAGCAAAAGUAUUAUUUGCAGCUUCUGUUCUUGCGGUACGGCUCCGACAAGGGGCUUACUUUCCAGGGACUGGAGAAGCUUCUGGCUAGCCUAGGACUGGGGGUUGUGCGUUUUCCUGAGGCAGACUUCAGAGCUGCACACACCAGCAGUCACUCCAACUCGCAUGACGGAGGCCAUGCACAUGUUCAUGCUCGUGGAAAACAGGAGGAGCAGGGCGAUCAUAGUCAUGGCAAAGGUCAUGGCCACGAGCACACAAGCAGUAAUGUGCACGAGCAGCAGAAUGAAAAUGAUCAAGCUGUCGCGCUUAAACACACACAUGAAGAAGUACAUGCUCUUGAACAAGACCCAACACUUGAACACAAACACCCACAGGAUCAUAACCAUGGAGUAGGCCAUGACCACAUUCAUGAGCAGGACCAUGAUCACACACACGAUCAUGAUGUUGCCCACAAUCACGAUAAAAGCAGGCAUGGUCACAACCAGGCUACGGGAAAUAACUCUGUUCCUGAACACUCCAUUGGCAGUACAAAGACUCCUAUCACACAGCACUUGCACGUGCAUGUCCACGCACGUGUAGAAAAUGACGGACUGACGGAGAGUCGGUAUGUUCAUGCACGCACAGAUGCCAGCCCUCUAAAUGGCACCAGUAGUCAACCAAGUAGCAGAGGGGGACAGUCUCACAUGGUAAGCAGACAGUUCGUUCCACACAAGUCCACAUCCAGUAAUGGCACAGAAAGUCUUGUCAGCCAAACAGAGAUUCCACGUGCCGCACAGCGUCUCAUGCAAAAAUCCCCAAAACCAUCUAGGAGGAGAAUAAAGCAACACAUUGGAAAGAGUCAAACAAGCACUGCAGGGACUGCUGCAGCUGCUACCCAGGAGUCUCCAUCAAGCACAAAGCAGAUUGAGCAAUGGUCAAAAAGGGUACAGAGACACUUGGGGCGUGAUGCUGAUCAUCACCACGACACCGGGGAUCACAAUGAACUGGAGCUGCACGCAAUGGCUGAAAACGGGCAUGUGCAUGAUGAGUGCCUGAACGCGAGCCGACUAUUCCACAACUUUGGCUUGGAUGUAGAUAGUGCUGUGAUCAACACUGAACUGUUCUCCUACCUGUGUCCAGCCAUCCUCUACCAAAUUGACAGCCAGGCCUGUCUCAAACAUCCAGAGCCUCCCAACAAAAUUGAUUUGCCAUCAAGCACCGACUCCAACAUGCCAGAUGCGUCUGCCUGGGGCUGGGGCUUCCUUUCCAUCACCAUCAUUUCCAUGCUAUCUCUGCUGGGCGUGGCCAUUGUGCCGAUGAUGAACCAGGUGUUUUUCAAGUACCUGCUGACCUUUUUGGUUGCUCUGGCUGUGGGCACGCUGAGCGGUGACGCCUUGCUGCACCUUCUGCCCCACUCGCAAAACUCGCAUUCACAUAAUGGACAUGAUGACCACGACCACAUCCUGGACAGUGACAAUCAUCUGGACGGAAUCUGGAAGGGCCUCACUGGCCUAGGUGGUAUUUACCUCAUGUUUAUUGUGGAACACUUGCUGGCACUUUUCAAGCACUACAAGCCAGAUAAGAACAAAAAGAAGAAGAAAGGGCGCAAGGUUAAAGAGGCAGAGAAGUGUGUUGGAAGGAAAUUGUCCAACCACAACCUGUCUGGCAGCACAGAACUCGAGCUGAUCUCUGUUAAGCAACACAACAACCACCACCACCACUACUCUUGCGACGUGAAUGGUGCAGCAACACAUGCAUCCAAGUCACACGAGGACCAUCAUAACCAUUCCGUGCCUCCGGAAGAGGAGGCCAUGAUCUGCCAUGGGUCACACGAUGAUGAAGACGAUCACUAUCAUGAUGAGCAACCUCAGAAGCAGCCAGUGGGAGCUCAAGCAGAUGGAAAACAGGUUGGUGGUUACGAUAUGUCCGACGGAGAGGCGGCUACGCCUACCAUGACAACCUCGGCCUCGGGGGUGUCGGACAAGUCGAGCAACCACCACCACCAUCACCACCACCACCUGCACCAUCACCAUUCGCAUGGCCACUGCACGGGAGAGGAGGAGGCGGUGGAGGACGUGCGCGAUGCCGGGGUAUCCAGCAUCGCGUGGAUGGUCAUCCUUGGCGACGGCGUGCACAACUUCAGUGACGGCCUGGCCAUCGGGGCUGCAUUCAGUGAUAGUACCAGUGUUGGACUCAGCACCUCAAUCGCUGUCUUCUGUCAUGAGCUGCCUCAUGAGCUUGGUGACUUUGCAGUCCUGCUCAAAGCAGGCAUGUCAGUGAAGCAGGCUAUUGUGUACAAUCUGCUGUCAGCAUUGCUGGGCUACCUGGGCUUGGUCAUUGGCACGGCGGUGGGGCAGUACACACACAGCGUCACCACCUGGAUCUUUGCUGCGACGGCUGGGAUCUUUCUCUACGUGGCUCUUGUGGACAUGCUUCCUGAGAUGCUGCACUGUGAGGUUGACAGCCACAGCUAUGGAAGACUCGGCUGCUUCCUGCUGCAAAACCUGGGGCUGCUCAUGGGUUUUGGCAUUAUGCUGGUUAUCGCACGGUAUGAGGAGGACAUCAAGAUAGACUUAGGCCCCUGAGCAACUGCAAGUAACCCCUGUGGCCGCCCUGCCCUUCGUUCGGGCCACUGUCCUCUACUCCAAGCUCUAAUUUCCAGAUGCCACCGUGUUGCUGCAUUAUUGGUGUUGGUCUCUCUGUCCAGUGGCCAGAAUUUGUAGUUUAUUUUGCUCCCCCUAUAUGAAGUAUACGAUGUGGUCUUGGCAUAUACUACCUGAUGUUCAUUACAGAAAUCUGUAUUGUGAUCUGGAAUCUUAACCAUGACAAUGUUACAUCAAAUCAGCUUGAUUGCUUGAUCCAGUAUAAAACAUUAAGAUGAGCCAUUCUUUAUAUUUAAGUCACGGUAUGCUUAUUUAGAAAAAAACAAUCUGGCUGCCAGCUGUUGAAAAAAUGUGAUUGGUUGGCUUGAACCACUGUGAUGAAUUACCUGUGCCAUUCAUAUUCUGUGGAUCUUUUACUACUAAAAACAAUACAAAUAAAUACGUCUUAAGUUUUAGAUGUUUUUGUUCCCCUAAUUGGGUGAUCAGAGGCACAUGCUAACUUAUAUUAGGCUUGCUCUCCAUAUUUAUUGGCAUCGAUACACUGAAAAAAUAUAUUGAUUUAAAGUAUUGAUAGGAGGCUUGGUUUAAUUUUUAACAUCAAUGAACUCGCGUUAGUGGAGAUAAGGUCGACUAUUUUAUGUCGUGAAUAUCAUUUGCAUUCACUGUGGAAAACAUUUCUAUCACACUGGUUCCCUCUGCUAUAUAUCUCGGAGUUGUGUACUGUUUCACUGAUGGUUCUGAGCUAUCAUUCAGACCAAUGAGUGAUUGCUUGUGAUCAAAUUCAGAUUUGCUACUUUGUAUAUGUCAGCAUAAUUUAAAGCGUGCUGGGCAAGACUGGUAACCUUCACAAGUUGCACUUAUUUUUCUUGAAGUCAACAUCAUUCAAAAUAUAACUUGUAUGCAGCAUACCGUGACUUAUUUUUGUAUACUGCUUGCCAGUAUAUACGAGUCAGCACUUAACUGUUUUACCCGUUUUAAUAGUGUGCCAUAGACCGUAAUACCGUAAGUUUGUUGAUCCAUCACAUGAAUUGUUGAGAUGAAGGUGGGGAAAUAGCGUUGAAUACUUGAAGGCUGGGAUGAUAGAAUAUUUUGUAAUCCAUAAGGCUCCAUGGGAGAAGUUGGACAUGAUUGAGUGCAGGUUUUUCCAAAACAAUAUAAAAUUUGACCCCAAUAACCUGGUCAAUAUCAUUUUUGAAAUGCGUGCGAGUAUGCAUCUACCCAAGUUGAUCAGCUCCUUGCUGGAGAUGAAUGGUAGCACAUUGUGCAGGUUGAAAUUUGAGGUGCCUCUUGCUUACUGUGGUGUCCUCAUCACUAAUGGAUGGUUCCUGCCACCUGCACAGCUGUCGAAACUGCAGGAAAACUGCAUAUUAUUACUGUUUUUAUUUGUUAUUUUAUGUUCCUCUUGUUACAGAAAAAUGUGGAAGUGAUUAGUGGCAGCUGUUAACAGUAAAACUAUUGUAACCGUCUUGUCUGAUUUAGAUGUUAGCAAAUGCUUUAGGGAGUAGCAUGAUGUUCAAAUGUAAUAGCUAUGUACUGUUAGAGGACGGCGUAAAUCACUUCAGCUAAAAGCUCUGUGGUUUUAGAGGUAGCGGUAGUGUUUUCUUAAACAAAACAACUAUGACGUGUGGUGUUUUGCAUGGCUUGUGUGUGCCCUGCAGCCUUGUUUAAUGUUGCUUUUCUGUCCAGAGUAAAACAUUCCAUGGCAGCUGUACACUGUCUCGCAGUGGCCAAUGUCACCGACACCCGUGCCCUGAUGCAGUGUUAACUCAUGGAACACCAACUAUCUGUCAAUCCACCAUGCUCAUUGUCACCACAACUGCUAAAAAACCAAAAUCUGUCAUUUCUUAGCGAUAUACCACAAGUGAGUUUUGAAACUUCGUCAGAAUUUUAGUUCAAGAACGGUGGCUAUUAAGGAAAUUUGCUUCGCAUUGGAUGCAAGUCAAGAACAAUACAAGUUAUGAUUUCAGCAGAGGUAGCUUCGUUUACAUAGGUAAGGCAACUGUAUAGGUACGUAUAUUGGUUAUAUUUUUGUACUCUGGGUUUGGCCAAAUAUGACUGGUUACACAAUUAUUUGUAUUUAUUUAACAUCUUUUGCAUUGAAAAAUGUUUUGUAAGUUUUUUUCCUUGAUGCCAGAAAUAUCACUAGGUUUUGUUAGAUUAAAUUGUGGAAUAAAUCAUUCACUUUCACUUCAUAA